AAAGAAGUUGUACCAGAUCAUAAAUGCUUCCUAAAUUGGAAAAAAAUCGUCCACUAGUAUGGAAGCUGAUGGUGUGGUUGAAGGCUUUUUAAAAAGUCAGGAAAUGCAUGGACUUAAGUUUAAUCAAAUUAUUGAGGCUAUUAAUGGAGGAAUUAUGUUUGAAAUCUAAAGUUGCAUGUUGAGACUAAUUAUGAAUGCGGAAUAUAUGUUGGAAAAUAAAGACAACAAUAUUUGUGAACAAAUUAAUUCGAUAAUUAACAAACACGUUGCUAGCAAAAGAAUUAAUUUUUCUAGCCGAGGGAACUAUAAUACACGUGUUGAAGCUGCUGUUGUUUCAUUUAAUAGCAAACAAUUUUUACGAAAGCUUCACAAAAAAAUGACAAAUAAUAUCAGUCCAGAAACCCGCAUAAUUAAAAAAUCUCGUACGGAAAACGGAUCAGAUGAGGACUACGGUUUGGCAGAGCCUCUAGUCGAAGAAUUGUCACUAGAAAUGUUUGAAAAAAAAAAAUCAAUUACUUGUUUCAUUAAAAAACUCAAAUCUGGAUGAAAUUGAAUUGGAAACUCGUGGACAAGCCGAUAGUGACGCACGGUACAGAUAACGUAGAUUACGUCUUACGGUUUUUCGGUUUGGUCAGAUUUGUAAAAUGCGUAGAACUAUAAGUUGUAAGAACACAAUGUAUAAUAUAUUAUAUAUAUCUGAAGCUCAAUAAAAAUCAUUAAAACAUGGUCGUGACAUGGAGGAUAUAGCUCUAUAAGAAGUUCAAAAAAUUAUUGGUGAACAAAUUCAGGCCAGCGGUUUAAUAGUAGAUCCGAUAAUUUCAUUUCUAGCUGCUAAUCCAGGUAUAAUAUUCUUAAAUUUUAGUUUAUAUAGUAUGAAUAAAAUAUAUUAUACAAUAUAUUUAAUUGUUUCAACAUAUUAUUUUUUGAUGGCUUAGUUGGAAGUAAUACAGUCGUAGAAAUAAAAUGCCCGUUUGCAUCACAAAAUACUAUUAGUGCACUUGACGCAGUAAAAAAAAAACUAGUUAGAAUGAGAAUUAAAAAAUUUUAAUUAGAUUAUAAAAAUAAUUUGAUACG